AUGUACCUGGAGGAUGAGACAUUUUUACAGUUUCUGCAGUUUUUCUACCAGCUCAUGCCAGAAGUGGACAUUCUGUACAACACACUGCAAAAACGCAGUGUCGAUGCGACCACAGUUAAUCGUGCUAUGGACAGCUUCAAAGACGCUGUGAGUCGCCUGAGGGACAAUGUGGAUGACAUCGCUCAGGAGAGAGAGGCAGCGCCAAAGAAACGGAGGAAAACAAACACUGCAGCAGUGAUGAGGGAAGCGUGUGACACUGUGGUUGCUCAAGUGGAGGAGAGCCCUGCGGCCACGCAAGUACGCGCCUCCAGCAACGACUGUGCCAUCCGCCCCGAGGCCUCCCGCUUCCACGCAAGCCUCCUUUCUGGUUGGAAUCUACGAACUGUUCAUCACCAGCCUCUUUCCCUGGCUCGCGUGCACCAGCAGCUGGACCAAACUAGCAGGCUUCAUAACUCCCGCCUGCCCGGACAAAGAAACCACGUGGGCUGUUUCCCAACCCAAAGCCCUUCUCCAUCCUCUACGCUCCUCCAAACUACGCCGUGCCCUGCGCUGCGUCUCCUGCGCUGCGUCUCCCACGCUGCGUCUCUCACGCUGCGUCUCCUACGCUGCGUCUCAUACGCCGCGCCCCACGCUGCGUCUCAGACCGACGCUGCGUCUCAAGCUACGCCGCGCCCCACGCUGCAGGGCAGGGGCGGCAUGGACACGCCCCUGGGAAGCCUAUAUGAGCACCCACACGCCAUUGUUCUUUCUCUUGUUUCUCCCGAAUCCACUAUAACAACCACCCCGUGGGUACGUGUCCCCUACACGGCCUACGCUCGCAACCUCCCUCUCAGCCCUGCGGCCACGCAAGUACGCGCCUCCAGCAACGACUGUGCCAUCCGCCCCGAGGCCUCCCGCUUCCACGCAAGCCUCCUUUCUGGUUGGAAUCUACGAACUGUUCAUCACCAGCCUCUUUCCCUGGCUCGCGUGCACCAGCAGCUGGACCAAACUAGCAGGCUUCAUAACUCCCGCCUGCCCGGACAAAGAAACCACGUGGGCUGUUUCCCAACCCAAAGCCCUUCUCCAUCCUCUACGCUCCUCCAAAGCACAGCGCACCAGAGGCGAAGAGGGAAAGGAGCGCUCAGUCCGUAUACGACGCAUCACACUGCGCUUGGAGAGAAGGACGCGCGGACACAACUAUGGCACGUGCAGCGUUAUAAGAGCUUUUGUCCGGUGCCAGCAGAGCCACUCGCUGCAUCCCCCUGUGUCCUGGUGUCCCGAGGCAGCUUCUCCUUCGAUGUGGGACCCUGCCUCUCUGCUCUCGUCAGGCUGAAAUCCUCCAGACUCAGGACCUCCGUCAUGGCAGCGCUGCUUCUUGGCCUGCUUCUGUUCGCGCUGCAGUCCCCUCCCAUCCCAUCCAGACCCGAACCCUGGCCUCCCGCUGAACCCACAGACCCCUCCCUGAGCCUGGACAAUGCCACCGCUCCCCACCCCAACGGGACGUCCCAGCAGUUGCCCAAGUUCAUCAUAAUCGGCGUGCGGAAGGGAGGGACGCGGGCGCUUAUCGAGAUGCUCAGCUUGCACAGUUCGGUGGCAGCUGCGCAGAACGAAGUGCACUUUUUCGAUUGGGAGAGCCAUUAUCAGAAAGGCAUUCCAUGGUAUUUAAGCCAGAUGCCUUUCGCCUACCCGGACCAGCUCACCGUGGAGAAAACGCCAGCUUAUUUCACCUCCGGAAAAGUCCCCAAACGCAUCUAUGACAUGAAUCCUGACAUCAAACUACUGCUCAUUCUUAGAGACCCCACUGAGCGCGUGCUGUCGGAUUACACGCAAGUUUUCUACAACCGGCUGCAAAAGCACAAGCGCUACCAGCCUAUUGAGUAUGUCCUGGUGAAAGAUGGCGACAUUAACCUGGGAUACAAGGCGUUAAAUCGAAGCCUCUACUAUGUGCAUAUGCAAAACUGGCUGCAAUAUUUCCCCAUGGACAGCAUUCAUGUUGUGGACGGGGAUGAGCUGAUAAGAGACCCUUUGCCAGAAAUGAAGCGAGUGGAGAGGUUCCUAAAGCUGGAGCCGCAGAUAAACGCAUCCAAUUUUUAUUUCAACAAAACGAAAGGUUUCUACUGUUUGAGAGACCACGGAAAAGACCGCUGCUUACAUGACUCAAAAGGACGGGCGCAUCCUCACGUGGCCCCAGCCAUUUUGCAAAAACUUUACAAAUUCUUUCACGAACCCAAUCAGAGGUUCUUUCAGAUGGUGGGGAGGACAUUCAACUGGAAAUGA